UUUACUUGCCUAAAACUUUAACCUAAGUCAAUCAGGGGCCAUAACUUGUAUUAAGGAUAUGAAGUUAUGUAACCUCAUUGGGUGAUGGUCCUGAACAAUUGGAUGAAGUAUUAAGUCAAUUGAAUGAAGGGUAUAGAAGUUAUUAAACAAUAUCCCAACCUGCCCUAAAACUUAACCUAAGUUUCAUAGUCAAUCAGGGGCCAUAAUUUGUAUAAAAGACAAUAUGGAGUUGUCUUACCUCAUUAUGUGAUGGCUCUGAACCUCUGUGUGAAGUAUUAAGUCAAUUGAAUGAAUGGUAUUGGAAAUUUAAGUGAAAAUCCCAACUUGCCCUAAAACUUUAACCUGCCCUAAAACUUUAACCUAAGUCAAUCAGGAGCCAUAACUUGUAUUUAGGAUAAUAUGGAGUUAUGUAACCUCAUUGUGUGAUGGUCCUGAACAACUGUGUGAAGUAUUAAGUCAAUUGAACAAAGGAUAUAGAAGUUAUUGAUAAAUAUUCCAACUUGCCCUAAAACUUUAACCUAAGUUCCAUAGUCAAUUAGGGGCCAUAAUCUGUGUAAAGAAUAAUAUGGAGUUAUCUAACCUCAUCAUGUGAUGGCCCUGAACAACUGCCUGAAGUAUUAAGUCAAUUGAAUGUAGGGUAUUGGACUUAUAAGUGAAAAUCCCAACUUGUCCGGUGCAUAUCAGAUAAGGCUUGAAACUAUAAGUUCUUUAUUUCGACAAACAUAUCUAAAAGAAAAUUAUAUAUUAUAGGUAAUUAUGGAAUAUUGGCAAUAAACAGUUCAAGGUCGGGCGGAAAAAAAUGGGGUUGGUCAAGGAUUAGUGUGAAAGAAAUAAAAUAAAAAAUAUGCCUAAGUGGGUCGGACAACAGCUGCAAACAAACUGUUUUUAAAGACUGGCCUUAUAUAUUUACUUUUUGUGAGGAUUCAUGACCAUCUAUUUGAAGAGAUUUGGAUUAUUAUACAGACCAUCUUAUCAGUGUAAGAUAUUAUAUAUCUAAACUUUAACUAGAAUUCCACACAUUUAAUAAUUCACCUACUGGGAGUUUGGAAAAUAAUUAGCAAUUAUGAAGUGAAAUUGGUCAAAUUUUGACAAUUCAUGGACAUAUCUCCUAUAAUUUCAUGUGGCUGUUAGUGAGAUGAACUUGCAAUUGGUCGGGACAUUACACCAAAAAGGAGAUGAACUUGCAAUUGGUCGGAACAUUACACCAAAAAACGUUUGUACCAAGUUUGGUUACGAUUGGAUGAUUAAUGGUUAAAGUUAAAGUAAAAAAUGAUCAAUGACUCAGAUAAUGUGAAACUCCGAUAUGAUAUCUGCAAAUAACACGGUCUGUGUACCCACUUUGAUAACAGAGCAAACAUAAAAAAUUUUUUUAUUAAAAAUCACAUUUGAGUAAAUUCUACAUAUUGGAUCUAUUUGGGAUCUUCUAUUCAUUAGAAAAUACUUUAGGAUUUCCUAAAAACCAAGCUAUAAAACUUGUCACAUGAAAGAGAAACCAACAGGUUCCUGUCAUUUGCUACUCUUUAUAGAAGGAAAAUGAAAUAUUUUAAUAAAAUUUCUUCAAGAUUCAUCUUACUACAGUGUGUGAUUUUCAUCUUAUUUUGCUACUGGAUUUUCAUAUCUGACGGUGGGAUUAUCUUUAAAAAUUCAUCAUCACAUGGAAUUAAGGCAGAAUAUUUCGAAACAGUUGACAAAAAACACAGUGCCAAUGGAAAAAUUCUAUUGUCAAGAUUAAGUGAAAGUAAUUUUCAAGCGGCAAAAAAACAUUUUAGAUAUUUUACGGAGGAUUUUAAAAUUGAAAAUGAACGUGUAAAAGGUUGGAUGAAAGAUGAAGUACAGUUAUGUGGAGGACGGAUUAAGAUUUAUGCUUCGGAGUAUGGAAUCGCAAGAGGUAUCACAAUGUUCCCGGGGAAUCGUCCUAAAGUCAAUCAACAGCCAAAAGGAGGGGAGGAGGUAAGAAAAGUUCUUGGGCAAGCAGAAGAAUUGGAGACAUAUCAGUUUGGGUCAAACUUUUGGGUUUGCAACUUCAACAAAACUGAGAAUUUCGGAAACACGGGAGAUUUUUAUUGGAACAAUAAAAUUACAAUAAAAAGGCAACAAAAUCCAUUAAAUGUUUCAAAAAAAACUGAAAAGAAUUAUGUUGUUGGUGUGAGAAGGCAGGAUUAUGCCAAUCUGCAUAACUGGGUACGGAACAUUUACAAUAUAUUUCUAAUCAUGGUUCAUUUCAGGCUACAACCAUCUGAAGUUUCAAUCCUUUUUCUAGAUGGGCAUCCUUACACUCCACUUGACAAUGCAUGGGCAAAAAUAUUCAGUGAACCAGUCAGGGUAGGCCAUCUUAGUGAACCAGUCUAUUACGAAAACUUCAUCUGGGGGUUCCAGGAGAAUAAAGGUCUAAUAACUGAGUUUGAGGCGGGAAAUGUGCCAUAUUUGGAGGAAUUCCGUUCAUUUGUACUAUCAAGAUUUGAUAUUCCACAACAAGAUCAUUUAGAUUGCUCAAACUUGCAAUUAACUUUAAUACUUCGAAGAAAUGCGAUCUACCAUCCAAGAAACGCUGAAGGAAAAGUUACACGAAAGAUUUUCAAUGAGGCCGAAAUCGUCGAAACACUCCAAAAGACAUUUCCAACAGCUAAUGUUCAGGUCGUAUUAAUGGAAGCACUCCCAAUGAAAUCGCAAAUUGAAAUAAGCAGCAAGACAGAUAUAUGGAUCGGUAUGCAUGGGGCUGGCAUGAGUCAUGUGACAUUCUUACCAAAACAUGCCGCAGUUUUAGAACUGUUUCAAAAAGAUUUCAAGGUGGAAAGGCCAUGGUUUAUUUGCUUCCACUCUAUAACAAAAUGGCGGGACAUGAAAUAUGAUACAUGGGAAAACAUGGACACAGAAUUUGAAAUGCCGAGUGACUUCACAGUUGUGCCCCCUGAUGUUAUUGCAAAUAAGACAACGAAUCUAGCCAAUCAAAUUUGUGACAACAAUCUGAUGAAUUAGAUUACCCCAGUAUUAUUUUAGGUUGUUUAGGUAUUUUAUUGCCUUUUUUUUUUUUUAGUUUAUAUUAUAUCUUAUGCACAUUAUAUUUUCUUGAAUUUUACCAUUAUUUUUAUUAUUUUGAAAUGUUAUGGUUUUCUUGCAUUUUUCAUUUCUUUAAUUAAAUUCAAAUAUUAUCUCCAAGUGACUGUAUUUCUUGAUUGAUACCAUCAAUUUAAGGUACAUUUUGCAACAAAUGUAUAAUGCAGAAUAUUUACUGACUGAUACUAUGUCAAGUUCUCAAUUUGUAUUCAUGACUUCUCUUUUUGCAUCUUUAUAUUAUUUAAAAGUUUUAUGAUAUAUGUCAAAUAAAAUUA